ACACUGCACUUUGAGCAUUUGCCAACACAGAGCGCAUAUGUUGAAAAACGGCAAUUAAUAUCAGCCAUUUUUUUCGUGCAUUUUGGUUGGCUAUAACUAUGAGCAAAACAGAAAAACUGCAAGAACAGUGGACCAAAUCUGAUUUAUAACAAUGCUAAUUUAGGCCGCGCGUUGAAACACAGCCAAAAGUUAGCUAGAUCGGCGGCGAAAAUGUGUGGAAAUGCGCGUGUGGAAAAGUACAGACAAAAGGGCCCGCUCUGUACGUGAGCAUCGGUGUGAAUGUGUUGACGGCGAGCAACAACAAUUGAUUGAAAAAGGCGCCAGAUUGCUGAGCUCGUGUUAAUUAACAAACGAACUUAAAAAUUGGUAAAAGAACAAAAAAAGCCGGUAACCCAACUAAACGUAAGAAGCUGCCCUCCACGGGAACCAAGCUACUACUCACAAUGAUGAACAAUCACUACCACUUGCCGCACGAGCACCCGCCGCCCAAUGUGGCACACCAGUUCUUGCAGCAGGCGUCUCAGCUUCCGGUAGCUGGAAACGGCACUGCCCCAGGCACUACGUACGGCUACCUGCCCCAGCCGGCUGGACAGCAGCCGCAGUGGAUGACCACGACUUAUCAAAUACUGCCCCAGGCGCAGGCGAUCGCCGGCGGGGCCACCGGUGGUUCCACAUCGGUGCCCAAGCGAUAUUAUACCACCUCAGCCCAGUCACCUCAUCCGAACACCAUUCAGAUUACAAACAGCUUCGCACAACAUAGCAACCCCACGAAGCAACAGGCUCCUGUGGCCAGCUCUUCCUCAUCCGGGCCAAGUUCCUUCAAGACCAACAAUAUACGGAUUAUCUCGACGGCUCCCAAUGUCUACGGGCUGAGCAAGACAGCCCAGGAACAACAUCCCAUUUAUGCGCCGGUUCAAUCCUACUAUUUGCCAAAUUCUGCGACUCAAUCGGGUGCCCAACUGAACACGUUAAUGGCUAAACAGCUCCAGCCGCCUCCACUGGUGCCUGUGAGCACAUCCUCCUCGCCGCCAUCUACCGUGGUUCUGGACCGCAUCAACAUAUGCAUUAAUAACCACUACGCCGAGUCCCCCGCCGCCCUUAGUUCGUCGUCAUUGAGUUCGUCGCAGCAGCCGUCACCUAUUAUCCCGGCCAUCCAGCACAAGGCCAUCCUGCCGCUCAUUGACAGCAGCACAGCUGAUAGCAGCAGCUGCAGCAGCAGCUCCGUCUCCAGCAGCAGUUAUGGCGGUGGGACGACCACUUCGGCGGCUGUGGUGAUUGUGGAUGAACCGGAUUCGACGACCACAACACCGCAAACUCCACCAACCACUCCGGAGACGAUGAUCUCGCCCGGAAAGUCUUCGCCCUCGCCUCCGCCUCCCUCGCUGCUCAAGACGACCAGCCAAAUGAAGCAAAGCUUCAAGCCAAUCGAAGCAGCACCGCCCACACCUCUAACUCCACCGUCCCCACCACCGCCCCUGGCUUCGGCGCCACCAACAGUCACAUACGCUCUCCAGGAAGACGUAUUCAUAAAAUGCAACGACGGCCGAUUCUACCUGGGAACCAUAAUUGAGCAGACGACGGAGCAAUACCUCAUUAGGUUUGACGAUAAAUCCGAGCAGUGGUGCGAGCCCGACAAGCUGCGAAAGCUGGGCGGAAGCAGUUCCUGUGGCGGCACCGGAGGUGGCGGAUCCGGCUCUGAGUCCUCCAGCAGUUCCGCCACCGGACCAAUGUGCGUGGCCUGCAAGCGAUCCGACAUUGACGAUGUUGUGGAGAUCUGUGAACGGUGCGGAAGAGGUUACCAUCGGGGAUGCACGAUGGAAAUAAUCACUGGCAGCGGUAUCUGGUGCUGCAAGCGCUGUGCCAAGCCAAUGAAAAUGCAGCAGUCGGUCAACCUGGACAACCUCAAGCCGGCGGGAAUCUGUCGCCAAUUUCCCUACCAUUUGGAUAAGCUCAGCUGGGAUGAGAAACAUCGGGUGAACAUGGAACAGAUCUACUGCUACUGCGGCAAGCCAGGAAAAUUCGAUCACAGCAUGUUGCAAUGCUGCAAGUGCCGCAAUUGGUUUCACACCCAAUGCUUGCAGAACUUUAAACAGAAACUGCUUCGCGGAGAUAUGUUCUUCGUGUUCUGCUGCACUGUCUGCAACGAGGGCGUUGAGUUUGUGCGGAGACUGCAGAUAGAUUGGGUGGAUGUGCUCCACAUUGCCCUUUACAAUCUACGCAAGCACCAGCACCAGAAAUACUACCACUUGCUGAAGGAUAUUUGGCCCUUCAUUCUCGAACAGCGCCAUCAGCUGCCCAUCUGCGAACAGUGGCGCACGAUGCCGGAAACUGCACUCAUGGAGCGCAUCAAGCAGACAUUAAAGGACCAUACGGACCGGUUUGUCUGCGGCAGGGAAUUCAAGAGGGCCCCAGCUUUUUACGCACUGCGCCACGGCAUACCGCCACUGACCCCAAAAGUGUUCCUCCAGGCCCACGAACAGCCGACUGAUGAACUUCUGACAACCAAGUUCAAUCUCGUACUGAUGCCUUUCGAUGAGGUGGAGAAAAAUCGGGGGGAAGACCCUUCGAAGAGAGCGCCCAAAGAUGUAUACGAGUUUCAUACGGACGAGGAUGAACAGGUGGAGACUAGCGAGGAUGACAUCCCGAUCAAGCAAAUUAUCGAAAAGGCGAAAAAACAGGCCAUCAAAAGUGUCGAUGAAAUGGAGUUGGCAUUGCCGGAUAAGCCUGAGAAAAUGGAUACGGUUGAACUCGAUCUGGCCGAUGACAAUGCCAAUGAUGGAGAUCCGGGCAAGCUGCCAGCACCCAUUCAACCACUUCUGAAUACAAACAGCAGUCGCAAGCGCAAGGCCUUCCGCCUCUCCAAGCGCUACGAUAACAGCCGCAAUCAUUGUGAUCUUUCGUCCGACGAAAACUCGAGCAGCAGCCGUGGCACCAGUUCGCUGGACCUCAUCAUACCACCGCCAGCCAACUUUUUGGGCCGCAAUAACCCCUUCUUGAUGGCAACGCCCAAGAAGUCUGCCCCCAGUCGUGGUGUUGGGAUUGGAGCGGGCGUCGGUGUGAAUGAUAUCAUAAAUAGCAUUUUUAAACUCAAGGGAUCUGCCAAGGAGCAGCCGCGCAUGGUGCGCACAAUAAAGCGAAGACUGAGUGCCAAAGACAUCACCAUUGGACCCAAUCAGGAGGUGCGCCGACGUCGCACUCGCCGCCUAACGACUGCCGUUGAGGUCAUCAGCACCACAACCAUAAAUCCCAUUCCUAGCCACUACCUUCCCAUAUAUGCCAAAGAUUUGCAGCCUCCAGCGCCACCGAUUGGUAAACCGACGCAUGGACGACUGUUGCGACAGCGACCGCAGAAGACGUCGCCGAGCCAAAGUCGCCGGAAUUCGACCAGCUCCACAGCAACCACCAGCAGUAACGGCGGUGGAGUAACAGGACAUUCCAUGCUGGACCUUAAACAGUCGGUGAACAAGUACUUUGGCGGCGCCAUGAAUCGCAUCGAUGCAGGAGAAUCGUUUGCUAUACGGGCCAAGCGGCGGAUGGGAAACGGGCAGGUUCAGUACCUGGUGGAAUGGGGAGGCGAUGCAGCGGCCACAGCCACGGCAACGGUCUCGGCGAUGGGAAACUAAACUCUGGCAUACCAAUCAUGUGUAUUAGAAUUAAUAUUUUUUCAUUUUCAUUAUCAUUAUUAUUUACCUGCGUUAUUCUUUGAAAAAUGUUUGCUGCCAAGUCUGGGCCUUUUUAUUUGUUAAUGUUUAAAAAGUUGAUUACCAAUCCACUGCCAAAAUAGUAAAACAUAUGUUCAAACACUAUUGGUUCAGCACUCUAUCGAUAUAAUGUUAAAAUGCAAAUGAAACUAAAUACAGGUUAUUAUUGUGCAAUGGCAGUUAAUUGUUGCGGUGAGAAAUUCUCCAAAAUUUCUACAAAAUUGGUAAAAAGUAUUACAAGAUUAUGAAGCAAAAGGAAAAAUGUAAUAUUUGCUGCUGAAAUUUCGUAUUAAACAAUAUGUAUGAAGAAACACGUUUUCAUUAAGUUCACUAAAUUAGCUCUAUUUCCACUGUAUAUUUUUGAAAAAUAUACAAAUGUACUAGAAAUACUAGAAAGGAAACUCACACACACCCACAAAUUAUGUAAUGCAUACAAAAAAUAAUUGAGGUAUACCACACAAGUUAAUUGGAAUUUAUAAUUAGUUUAAUAAUUUCCGAGCAUAGACUAGAUAAACUUAAAAUAAUAAGCUCAUUCGUAUUGUGUAAGUAAAA